GCGAGCUCAGCAUAUCUGCUGCGCUGUCCUUGUUCUAACAGGAUUACGUGUGGACGGUCGACUUGAAACAGAGAGAGGGGGAUACUUAUUAACUUGAGCCAGGGAUUAUGGGAAAUUGGGUCAUCCUCGCAGAACACGGUGCACAGAUAUCAUCACGACGACUACACUUCAGAGAGGUGCAUCGAAAGCCAACAGCCUGCACACAGGUACCAUAACUGCUCAAAAUGAAUCUUGAGCCACCCAAAGCUGAGAUCAAGUCGGCCACCCGUGUCACCGGAGGCCCCGCCACCCCACGUAAGGGACCCCCUAAAUUCAAGCAGAGGCAGACCCGUCAGUUCAAGAGCAAGCCUCCAAAGAAGGGAAUCCAGGGCUUUGGUGAUGAUAUCCCUGGAAUGGAGGGCUUAGGCACUGACAUCACCGUCAUUUGCCCCUGGGAGGCCUUUAAUCACCUGGAGCUGCAUGAGCUGGCCCAGUACGGUAUCAUCUGAGCCUUCCUGCAUGUCCCUGCAAUCUCCUGAGGAUUACAGGCCACGUCCACGCACUUCAAACCAUCUGCCUCAGGCUCUGUCUCAUAGCUUUAAAUGGAACUACUCCCAACAAACCACUACAACAAACUGUAACAAACACAAAAAAUGGAAAAAAGAGAAAAAAAGAUCUACAAAAAAAAAAACAACUUUCUGUUCUCUUACUCUGGAUUCUUCUUCUGAUUCUGCAAUUCACACACAUCUGCUCACGUUUAGCAUCUGUUGAUUUGAUCUUCACUAGAUCUGCACUGUUAUGCUAAAAACGCAUCCUCUUCUCUUUUCUUGCUCUCUUUCUUUCUUUCUUUCUCUUCUCUCUCCUUGCAUGCUUUUCUACUUUCUUCCACUUUUCUAUUCUUCUCACGGAUAAAACACGAAACUUAUGCAAGCAAGGCAGCCUCAAAAUUGAGUUUAAGUGACAAACCUGUGAAGUGGGUGGGUUCCCACUUCAUGUGCUUCGGCGCCUCUUUUUCGUCACCUUUAGAGGCUUGUCCAUCAAUGCCGAACUUAUAAAAUACAAAUCCUGAAUUCUGUAGAGACUGGACACCAGCUUGCCAUUGCUGAGCGUAAACUUUCAGGGGGAUAAAAGUCAGAUAUCCCUCUUUUCACUCUGUUCUGAACAACCUUUAACUGCACCCAUCUUUGUUAGGAUACAUAAAUCAUCUGGGUUUUUUUGCUAAAUUUUCUACCACCAUUUUGUGUGGAAGUCAAUGGAUAGGUGAUACGUGUGUGUAAGUGUUUUCAGGGAAAAUUGUCAGUUCAGGCAACAUUUGACCUUAUGUUUAUGAUAAAAAUAAUUUCAAAACCACCUUUGCAGAGAAUAAUUGCUGCUACAGAAACCUUUGCAUCAUACCAGUGUGUGAUUUGGCAGGGCAUUAAUGUGUAUUGUUCAUCAUUUACCCACACUGACAAACACAUCUUAACUGAGGAGGUACAGCAUCUUCUAUCAUUGUGUUUGCAUGUAUUAACAUUAG